UUGUUCACGUGUAAGGUUUCGCGGGAAAUAAUCAUGGCGGACCCCAUGACUCUCACAGCAGUGGAGUGCGUGCAGUGUCCCGUCUGUUUUAAAAACUUUGGACCGGCUGAAAUAAACGGACACCUGGACGAGUGUCUACUUAUAGUCGGGGCGGUGGACAGCGAUCAGUCCCCUUCUGUUGACAGCGGACCCCCGGAGAAGAAACAGAGGUUCAGACGAAACGGUGAUGCAGAGGCUCCGCGCAGCCCAUGUGUCAACAAUACCACUGGCCCUACGAUGUUUUCGCUAUUUAACAAUAAUAAAAACAAAUCACCACUAAAUAAUGGUUCACUUUCCAACAAGCAAGCAGCAGCAGCAGCCACAGCCACUAAGGUCAGUAAGGGGAUUAAACGCGGUGUAGACCAGCUGGAUGAAGCGGCCGAACCUGGACCUUCUGGAGAAGAGACCGUGAAGAAUCCAACAGCUGUAUCUGUUGGACAGAGGCCUGGUUUAUCGCUGCGAUCACUGCUGACUUUGGACAAACCUUUGGCCGAGAUGCUGCGGCCAAACUCGCUGGACGAAUACUUUGGUCAAAGUAAGGUCAUAGGAGAGCAAACGCUUAUCCGCUCACUUCUGGACACACAGGAUAUACCUUCACUUAUCUUGUGGGGCCCUCCAGGAUGUGGUAAGACCACCCUUGCUAACAUCAUUGCCAGCACCAGUAAAAAGAAUGGCACUGCCCGAUUUGUCAAGCUGUCCGCGACCAGCACAUCGACAAACGAAGUCCGUGAGGUGAUCAAACAGGCUCAGAAUGAACUCCGACUGUGUAAGAGGAGGACCAUCCUGUUCAUUGAUGAAAUUCACCGCUUCAACAAAUCCCAGCAGGACACCUUCCUCCCCCAUGUGGAGUGCGGGACAAUAACACUGAUUGGCGCGACCACUGAGAAUCCAUCGUUCCAGGUGAAUGCUGCCCUGUUGAGCAGAUGCAGGGUGCUGGUACUGCACAAGCUCUCUGUGGAUUCGAUGGGUGCCAUCCUGGACAGAGCCUUGACUACACUAGGGAUCAAAGUCCUGGAACGAGAUCAGGAAAAUUCCAAAAAUCUAGACCAAACAGAUGAACAAAAGACAAAUGUUUACAUUGAGCAGAAGGCCUUGGACACCAUAGCCUACCUCUGUGACGGUGAUGCACGAGCAGGCCUGAAUAGUUUGCAGCUUGCCGUCCAGGCUCAAGUGAACUUGUGUCGAUCCAGAAUGCCAUCACAGCACGGAUCUCUCCAGAAAAUAGUCGUUAAGGAGGAUCAUGUCAAGGAAGGUCUCCAGAGGUCUCACAUUCUCUAUGACAAAGCCGGUGAGGAGCAUUAUAACUGUAUCUCAGCAUUGCAUAAGUCAAUGAGAGGCUCACAUGUGAACGCUUCUCUGUACUGGCUGGGCCGUAUGCUGGAGGGCGGGGAGGAUCCACUCUAUGUGGCUCGCAGACUGGUCCGUUUUGCCAGUGAGGAUAUAGGCUUAUCUGAUCCAGCUGCUCUUCCUCAGGCUGUGUCUGCCUUCCAAGCCUGUCACUUCAUUGGGAUGCCUGAAUGUGAGGUGAUCCUGGCUCAGUGUGUGGUGUACAUGGCUCAAGCGCCAAAGUCCGUGGAAAUCUACAAGGCCUAUAAUAAUGUUAAAGCCUGUUUAAGGAACCACAAAGGACCCCUGCCCUCUGUUCCGCUGCACCUCCGCAACGCCCCCACACAGUUGAUGAAGCAGUUGGGUUAUGCUAAAGGUUACAAAUAUAAUCCAGCUUUCAGUGGCCCUGUGGAGCAGGAGUACUUACCCGAGGAGCUGCGGGAUGUGGACUUCUUUACAUGGUCACCUCCAGAGUCUUAAGUGUCCAAUGACAUGCUUUACAAUUCACAAUAUUUUACCCUUCUUUGAAAAUAAACAGUUGUGGUUCAUUUUCUUUAUCAUAGACCAAAAUACAAAUUCACAACAGGGCAAUAAUAUUGCAGUUGUUUAUAUUCUGUCACAAUUAAAAGUUUAAAAAGAUUGUUCUGGAUUACGACAAUUUACAGUAACUUUCUGUUUAGCAUGUAUUGCCAAUGCAUUAAAAAGUGGACGGUUUGCUCUAAACACAGGAUAAAUAAUUUCUUCAUUAAAAAAGUUUAUACUAGUCCUGUUUGUACAAUGUCCUGUUUAGGACAAGGUCUUUUUUCAAAGAUUUUGAUACUUUAAAAUUUAAAUAAAAU